AUGGUGUGCGAAAAAUGCGAGAAGAAGUUGGUGAAGAUCGCGACCCCGGAUCCGUGGAAGGCGGGCUCGCGCGGUGUGAUUAAGGGCCCCGGGGCCUCACGACGACUGGACAAUAACAAAUUGCUUUCAGCCUCGAAGGGGCGCUACAAUCCCUACUCCAAGUCCUUCCGCAGGUGCCGAAUAUGCGGCCAAAGUGUCCACCACCCGGAGGCCCAUUACUGCCAGUCGUGCGCGUUCAAAAAGGGCAUCUGCGCCAUGUGUGGCGUCCGACUUGUCAACACCUCCAACUACAACCAGUGCGCUGUGUAA